AACGUCACGCAGCACAACAUGGCAGUUCCCUUGCGCCGGCUACACCACGUUUCGCUCCACGUUUCUAAUGGGCAGAAAUUAUCAUAUGACCUUGUUUCCAAAUACAAGUUUAAUUUAUUUGCAACUAGAUUGACUGCUAAGUCCAAGCAGGUGGCUUUUAGGAAGGGAGCAGCUGUUUUCGUUGUAAAUGAGGGGCCAAACCAUAAUGUGACCGGAUUGAAUGAAGGGCUGCUUAGUGCAACGGACAAACAUUCAAUCGAUCCACGCCGGACUGACGUUGGGAAACACAAGCAGGGUAUUUCCUCAGCAUUUCUUUACGAUGUCAGCCCGCAUCACCCGCUGGACUCUGUCAGUAACGUGUGUUUCGAGGUAGAGGAUGUUGAAAGGUCAUUCAAGGUUCUCCACCAUCUGGGUUGUAAUUUCCUGGUGCCCCCCACGACUGUCGAGGACGAGAAUGGCCUGGUCACCUACUCCGUCGUUAAAUCAGUUGUCGGAAACGUGUGCCACACGCUUAUUGACAGGAAAAAAUAUGGGGGGAUCUUUCUACCCGGGUUUGAUGUCACGGAAAAGGGUUGGAGCUUGGAAGAAGAGGACAUGUCUUGUCCAGUAACACAUUUUGACCACGUUACUUAUGCCUGUCCCAGGAAUUCCACUCACCAGGUCAUGAAGUGGUAUGAGAAGCUAUUUGGUUUCAAGAGGUUUUUCAUUGAUAGUAAUGAAGAUGUGGAUGAAGGUUUUGUGGUAAACCAGGAAGGCGUUGGACUGCGACUCACUGCCAUGCAGUAUUGGAAAUGCAGCAAAGCUGGCAUCACUCUUCCAUUUGUAGACAAGAAAGAGCCUGACUGCAAGUUUGUAAUUGCAGAAUCACUACCUCAACAAGGCAGAAACCAGGUUGACACCUUCCUGGAGGAGCAUAAGGCCCCGGGGAUCCAGCACAUUGCACUGUACACCAAAAACAUUGUCUCUACUGCACAUGCAAUGGCUGAAGCUGGUGUACAGUUUUUCUCUCCUCCUCCGGCCUACUACACAGAGGUGGGAAAACAGCAGGAAAUAGAGGAAGCAGGACACAAUCCCCAGAUGCUGGCACAGCAUGGCAUUCUCCUGGAUACAGACCUGCACCAGGAUCCCUUAUCUAUGAGAGCAUCCAACGACAGAAGAUACCUUCUCCAGGUGUUCACCAAGCCCAUAUUUGCAGAGGACACCUUCUUCCUGGAGUUGAUAGAGCGAAGAGGGGCGACAGGUUUCGGCGAGGGCAACAUCAAGGCACUGUGGAGAUCAGUGCAGGCAUAUAUGGAGAAUGAAAAGAGGGAUUCUCAAAGAGAUGGAUCCCUAAAAUCCGUGCAAACUGCUCAACACUAGUCAAUACAUUUUUUAAGUUUAAUUUAUUUCAGAUGUGUUUGUUUAUAUCAGUGUUAUAGCACUUACUUUAGUGACAGUCAUUGACCACAAUUGACUUUAUAUAAACGAGUUCAACACAUCAGAUGCUGCACAGAAUACUUGAAAUGUUACAAGAAAAAUACUCUUGUUUGCUGUAAAAGAUUCUUUGUUCUGACUACAUCAAAGCAAACCAAAUGACUCCAGAGCAACUGUUCCUCAAUAAAUGUGUUAUACCCACAACAGA